CCGCCCGCCCCCACGGCUCGGCCGUGCCGUUCCAUGGGACGCGCGCGGUUGUUUUCUCCCUGCAGCCGGCGGGAGGCGGAGGAGGAAGAUGCCGGGGAAGCUGAAGGUCAAAAUCGUGGCGGGGCGCCAUUUGCCGGUGAUGGAUCGCGCUAGCGACUUGACCGACGCCUUUGUGGAGGUAAAAUUUGGAAAUACAACGUUUAAGACAGAUGUAUAUCCAAAGUCACUCAAUCCUCAGUGGAAUUCUGAAUGGUUUAAAUUUGAAGUAGAUGAUGAAGAGCUACAAGAUGAGCCUCUCCAGAUCACAGUUCUUGAUCAUGAUACCUACAGCGCUAAUGAUGCUAUUGGCAAAGUAUACAUUGAUAUCGAUCCCUUGCUCUAUAGUGAAGCAGCUACAGUUAUUUCAGGAUGGUUUCCAAUUUAUGAUACCAUCCAUGGUAUACGUGGGGAGAUUAAUGUGGUGGUGAAAGUAGAUCUCUUCAAUGAUUUAAACAGAUUCAGGCAGUCAUCGUGUGGAGUAAAGUUUUUUUGCACUACAUCUAUUCCGAAGUGUUACAGAGCAGUAAUAAUCCAUGGAUUUGUGGAAGAACUGGUAGUUAAUGAAGACCCGGAAUACCAAUGGAUAGACCGAAUACGUACACCAAGGGCAUCAAAUGAGGCUAGACAAAGACUCAUUUCUCUGAUGUCAGGUGAGCUGCAAAGGAAGAUUGGCUUGAAAGUCCUUGAAAUGAGAGGAAAUGCUGUUGUUGGUUAUUUGCAGUGUUUUGAUUUGGAGGGAGAGUCCGGACUGGUAGUACGAGCCAUAGGAACAGCCUGCACGUUGGAUAAAUUAAGUAGCACAUCAGCAUUUUUACCUGCAUGUAACUCUCCAUCCAAAGAAAUGAAGGAGAUUCCCUUCAAUGAAGAUCCCAAUCCCAAUACUCAUUCAUCAGGACCCUCCACCCCUCUGAAAAACCAAACCUAUUCCUUUUCACCUUCCAAGUCCUACAGUCGACAGUCCUCUUCUUCUGACACAGAUUUGAGUUUGACACCCAAAACUGCACUUUCCCCACAGGGACCUAGGAUUUUCCUGUUUCCCAGCUCCCCUACACUCUCAUGUGAUUCCCCACAUCUUAAAAAGUCCUGUCUCCUCCUCUCGGGGUCUAGCCUUUACCCUCUACACUCUAGCCAUGUCAGCCCAGUUGUUCUGAGGAAAAGUGUUUCUUUCACUGAAGAGCUGCUUCUGGCUGCUUCUGGAAUGGGCAGUGGGAGUGCUGGAAAAGAAGGGGGGCCGUUUAAAACUCUCUUAAGGCAGCAGACUCAGUCAGCUCUGGAACAAAGGGAAUUUCCAUUUUUUACCUUGACGGCCUUUCCACCGGGCUUCCUUGUCCACGUUGGUGGUGUUGUUAGUGCCCGUUCUGUGAAGCUCUUGGAUCGCAUUCACAAUCCUGAUGAACCAGAGACACGAGAUGCGUGGUGGGCAGAAAUCAGACAAGAAAUAAAAUCCCAUGCCAAGGCAUUGGGUUGUCAUGCUGUAGUGGGCUACAGUGAAUCAACUAGCAUUUGUGAAGAGGUCUGUAUUUUGUCCGCGUCUGGCACAGCAGCUGUACUGAACCCUAGGUUUCUUCAGGAUGGCACCAUGGAAGGCUGUUUGGAUCAAAGGAUUGAAGAAGCUUCACCACCAGGUUGUGGAUUUUGCCAUAUACCAUACGAUGAAUUGAACAUGCCAUUCCCUGCUCACCUCACUUAUUGUUACAACUGCAGGAAGCAAAAAGUUCCUGAUGUCCUUUUCACCACAAUUGAUCUUCCUGUAGAGGCCACUGUUAUUGGAAAGGGAUGUCUUAUUCAAGCCAGGUUAUGCCGUCUAAAGAAGAAAGCUCAAGCAGAAGCAAACGCAACUUCUAUCAGUAAUCUCUUGCCAUUUAUGGAAUAUGAAGUGCACACACAACUGAUGAACAAACUUAAGCUAAGAGGAAUGAAUGCUCUGUUUGGGCUGAGAAUUCAAAUCACUGUGGGUGAAAAUAUGCUAAUGGGGUUGGCAUCUGCAACAGGUGUGUAUCUAGCUGCUUUGCCAACACCUGGUGGUAUUCAGAUCGCUGGGAAGACUCCAAAUGAUGGCACCUAUGAGCAACAUAUAUCUCACAUGCAAAAGAAAAUAAAUGAUACAAUAGCAAAAAACAAGGAGCUUUAUGAGAUUAAUCCUCCAGAACUACCUGAAGAAAUCAUUGGGUCUCCCAUUCCAGAGCCAAGACAGCGUUCCAGGUUAUUGAGAUCUCAAUCAGAAAGCUCUGAUGAAGUUACAGAGCUAGAUCUUUCACAUGGGAAAAAAGAUGCUUUUGUCUUGGAGAUCGAUGAUACAGAUGCAAUGGAAGAUGUACAUUCUUUGCUGACAGAUGCUCCACCGCCUUCUGGUUUUUACAGUUGCAACACAGAAAUUAUGCCUGGUAUAAAUAACUGGACACCGGAAAUCCAAAUGUUCACAGCAGUAAGAGUUUCCAGAUUAAGCAAUAUUAAUCUAACAAAUCAAACACUUAACAAGAACUUCAAUGACCUAUGUGAGAACCUGUUGAAGAGCUUGUAUUUUAAACUGCGAUCUAUGGUUCCGUGCUGCCUUUGUCAUGUGAAUUUUACUGUCUCUCUUCCAGAGGAUGAAAUAGUUCAGAUUGCAGUCACAGCUGUUGCAAUUACAUUUGACAAAGACCAAGCAUUACAAGCAGCCAAACCUCCUACAGAAAAAUCACAAAAAAGAGCGUCAACAGACAAUGAAGAACAGCUACAAUUUCCAUUGGAACUUAGCUCUGAUCCCCUUGCUUCUCAACCAUUCUCAGCAGCUAAAGAAGUCCCGGAGGGUGCAAGUUCCCACUCAGGUAUUCCUGCUGCUCAGAGAGCAACGUCAGUUGAUUACAGUUCCUUUGCAGACAGAUGCAACAGCUGGAUAGAGCUCAUUAAACUGAAAGCUCAGACCAUAAGGCGCGGAUCAAUUAAGACAACUGCUUCAGUUGAUAAAGCAAGUCCAUUGGCUGAAGGAUACUUACGACACCGUUCUGUUCCAUCAUGUACCAAUUCUACCGUCUCUGUUGUUAAGAUGACACCUCUUUCUUUUAUUCCUCGGGCAAAAAUAACCAAAUACCUUGGGAUAAUCAACAUGUUUUUUAUACGAGAAACUACUUCUUUGCGUGAGGAGGGUGGUGUCAGUGGCUUUCUCCAUGCUUUUAUUGCUGAAGUAUUUGCAAUGGUGAGGGCACACGUUGCAGCGUUAGGGGGCAAUGCAGUUGUCUCAUACAUCAUGAAGCAGUGUGUGUUCAUGGAGAAUCCAAACAAAAACCAGGCCCAGUGCUUAAUAAAUGUAAGUGGAGAUGCAGUCAUUUUUGUACGCGAAUCAGAGCUGGAGGUGUUAGCGGUGCAGCCUGCUCCAGUUGCUUCCCAGCCUACAAGUACUGGAGGAGAUGUCACAACGUGAAGGCAGAACGAGUGAAAUAGUCUUCCAGAUAGUUUGUUUAAAAUGUGGGAAUGUUAGGAUUGCGUCUUCAAAAUCAGUAUCUUCCUUGAACGUCAUUAGCCAAAGUGUAAGACAAUCACAGUAUUCUGUCCUCCAACUCCAUGCAAUUGUCAGGACCACGUAUUGGUAGGAAUGCUCCGAUUCUUUGGGAAAUAUUGCAGGCUCCUUGGAGAUGUAGACAAGCAGAAGCGGUGAUAACAAGUGCCGUAAGAAAGGAGACAUCCCAGAAAAGUGAACUAAAAUCCCGUUGCAUUUUCAGCUGUUAACAAACCUGCAAUACAUUAAAAUUCAGAACCAUCUCCGAAUUCCCUUCCUCUAUCAGGUGCUUCUCAGCUCACUUCAGAAAGGAGUGGGUGUGAGCAGGUGGGCUGCGGCUGAGGUUGUGUCAGCAGCCUGUGCUGUGCUGGGGCAGCAAGGGGAGGGAGCACAGGCUGUGAGAUGCAGAGCCUGAACUGGGCUCUGGUCAUGCAGCAUGGAGAGGAAGGAGCAGCACCAAAAUUCCGUUUGGAUCUCUGCACACAGAAAAAUAUUUUUCAACUCUUUGAGAAACUGUUAUGUUGUUUUGUUUUGUUAAAAUUAUGAUCAGAUGAAAUGAAAUGUUUGGGGUGUUUUUUGUUCUGUUUUUAGAAAGCUGUCAGAGCGUGAUGCUGUGUUCUGAUUUCAUUAUUGGCAAAACAAAUAUUUUUAAUAUAAGAAUAUUUAAUAUAAGAAUUCAUGGGAAAAAAAAAAUGUCAUAAAGCUGAUUUCCUUAAGGAAUGUCAUCUUUGCAAAAUAAAUAAAUAGAAUCGUAAACCAUCCUCUUAAAGAGCAGAGAGGUACAUUGCAGCCCCCUUUCCGUCGGGGGUAGGAAGCACCAGGCUGGUUGUACGCUGUUGUACGUUUGUGAUGCUCACUUCUGCACACUGCUUUUCUUUUCCGGUACAGUAUCUGGGAAAAUGAGGGUACUAAAAAGAAAGGAAAACUGUCAUUUCCAGUAAGAGUCUGAAACUCUGUGAUACUUCAGUGUAAAAAGAUGCAAAGCUUUGAUCUGAAGAUGCAUUCUUACCUAAAUCUGACAAUACAUGGAACUUGAACAAAGGUGUAAACUUGAAUGUAAAUAGUCUGCUUAGUGUUGAAAUUAAGCAAUGGCAUGGUUAUUUGUUAAAAAUAAUUAUUUCAUUGUAAAUGAGCAUGAAAAUCAUUCUUUGCACAAUAAAUUUCUGUAAAAAAAACCUUGCCUUUUUAUAUAUGUAAUACCUAAAUGUGUACAGUGGAUGCAUAUUAAAGAUGUCACAAUCUUGCCUUCCUCA